GUCGCGAUGGGAGUCUGAAGGGCUCUGCGGUGCAGCGGCCGUCGUUUUGGAAGCGGUAUCAAGGCAGUUUGAUUCUCGUGGGCGUGAUCCUGGUGCUGGCGGCCGUGGCGGCUCCCGUUGGUGUUAUCGAGUCGAGGAAGCUGGCGGCGAAGUCGGACGCCGCGGCGACGAGCUCAGGGUCGAAUCUGAAGGGGAUCAGUCCUGACAGUAUCCCGGCGUGGGCGAAAGGAACGUAUCUCGACCCGUUCACGUGGCUCGACACCACCGAUUUCAACGUCACGUUCACGAAUGCGACAGUGGGCGGCCUCUCCAUCAUGGGCCUGAACUCGACCUGGAACGACUCGGCCCAGGCAAACGAGAACGUCCCUCCGUUGGACGAGAAAUUCCCGUACGGAUCGCAGCCGAUCCGCGGCGUCAACCUCGGGGGCUGGCUAUCCCUCGAGCCGUUCAUCGUCCCCUCGCUCUUCGACACAUACUCCCUGAGCGAAGGCAUCAUCGACGAGUGGACGCUCAGUGAGAAACUCGGCGACUCGGCCGGCUCAGUGAUCGAGAAGCACUACUCGACCUUCAUCACGGAGCAGGACUUCGCCGACAUCAAAGACGCCGGGCUCGACCACGUCCGCAUCCAGUUCUCGUACUGGGCCGUCAAGACGUACGAUGGCGAUCCGUACGUCCCCAAAACCGCCUGGCGAUAUCUCCUCCGCGCCAUCGAGUACUGUCGCAAAUACGGACUGCGCGUCAACCUCGACCCGCAUGGGAUCCCCGGCAGCCAGAACGGGUGGAACCACAGUGGACGACAGGGCUUGAUCCGCUGGUUGAACGGCACGGAUGGGGAGCUGAAUCGCCAGCGUUCGCUCGAGCUGCAUAAUCAGCUGUCGCAGUUCUUUGCGCAGGAUCGGUAUAAGAAUGUCGUUACGCUGUAUGGUUUGGUCAAUGAGCCGUUGAUGCUUUCUUUGUCUGUGGAGGCGGUCCUGAACUGGACUAUCGAGGCCACGGAUCUGGUUCAGAAGAAUGGCAUCGAAGCCUGGGUCACCGUGCAUGAUGGCUUCUUGAAUCUGGAUAAAUGGGAUAAGAUGCUCAAGACACGCCCGAAUAACAUGAUCUUGGAUACCCAUCAGUAUACGGUCUUUAAUACGGGUGAGAUCGUUCUUAAUCAUACCAGGAAGGUGGAGUUGAUUUGUGAGAGCUGGUUCAGCAUGAUUGAGGCGAUCAACAUCACCAGCACGGGCUGGGGCCCCACCAUCUGCGGCGAAUGGUCGCAAUCCGACACCGACUGCGCGCAAUACGUCAACGACGUCGGCCGCGGCACGCGCUGGGAGGGCACCUUCUCCGACACGACGGCGUACUGCCCCACGGCCAGCGAGGGGACCUGCAGCUGCACGCAGGCGAACGCGGUGCCGGGCGCCUACUCCACCGGCUACAAGACCUUCCUGCAGACCUACGCGGAAGCGCAGAUGUCGGCGUUCGAGACCGCCAUGGGCUGGUUCUACUGGACGUGGGCUACCGAGUCGGCCGCUCAGUGGAGCUAUCGCACCGCCUGGAAGAACGGCUAUAUGCCCAAGAAGGCGUAUAGUCCGUCGUUUCGCUGCGGGGAUGUCAUUCCGAGUUUUGGCGAUUUGCCGGAGUAUUACUAGCUUGGUUCGAGCAGGCGUGAGUAGACAUGAGCGCAGCAUGGAUUUCUGGGUUUAAAUGGAUGGAUGGAUUUAUGUGGUGGCGUCGUGGAUUCGAGUGUAUAUGUGGAUGUGAG